CAACGCUUCCAACGACAAGCAUUUCAAGCCAGCAGUUCUGGCAACUCACGCUCGUCACGCUACCUGCAGACUAGCAUUACCAGCCAAGUCCCGUCCGUUCUAGUUCCUAUUCUUCCCCAGGAUGUGGUGAUACCGUCGCGCGAGGUGUCGCCCUUACCCGGACACGCCAUCACACUACCAAACUUUUCACCUUUAUAGUUAAAUACCCGGGACGAAUCAACUCCACAACCAUCUAUAGAACCCUUCAUAUCGCUGCAUCCUUCGCAUUAUACACAUAUCCCACCUUUCCAUUAACAGCAUAGAUUACAACCCGCAAAAUGACCAAAAGAAAGUUAUCCAACGAGUCGUUGAAUGGAACAGCACCAAAGAGAGUUGCAAUCGAAGAGUCUCUGGACGGCGAAUACUACUCAGAAGCAGAAACGCCGAUCUUCUCGGAGUCCUCAUCUAUAAAAUGGCAGGAAGCCAUCACCAAGGUGGUCAAUGCGGUUGUUUCCAUCCAGUUCUCGCAUGUGACCAGCUUCGAUACCGAAACCUCCAUCGUCAGCGAGGCCACCGGAUUCGUGGUCGACGCAGCCAGAGGCUUGAUUUUGACCAACAGACACGUGGUGGGCCCAGGUCCGUUCUCGGGAUACGUUGUGUUCGACAACCACGAAGAAGCAGUCGUCAAGCCCAUCUACAGAGACCCCAUCCACGACUUUGGGUUCUUGCAGUUUGAUCCAUCGCACAUAAAGUACCUCCAGUUGACCCAGCUUGACUUGAAGCCCGAUUUCGCCAAGGUCGGCACCGAAAUCAGAGUGGUGGGUAACGAUGCUGGUGAAAAGUUAUCGAUCUUAGCAGGUUUCAUCUCCAGAUUGGACAGAAACGCCCCAGACUACGGUGUCUUGACAUACAACGACUUCAACACAGAAUACAUCCAGGCAGCAGCGUCUGCCUCUGGAGGAUCGUCGGGGUCCCCAGUCGUCAACGAAGACGGAUACGUCAUUGCAUUGCAAGCAGGAGGAUCGUCAGAAGCGUCCACAGACUUCUUCCUCCCAGUCUACCGUCCAUUGAGAGCUUUGCAGUGCAUCCAAAACAAGCAACCAAUCACCAGAGGUGACAUCCAGGUGGAAUGGCAAUUGAAGCCAUUCGAUGAAUGCAGAAGAUUGGGGUUGACCUUAGAAGCAGAAAAGCUUGCAAGAGAAAGAUUCCCCUCCAAGAUCGGUCUUUUGGUGGCGGAAUUGGUGCUCCCUGAAGGACCCGCUGAUGGCCUCAUCAAAGAAGGUGACACCUUGAUUUCCAUCAACGGCACUCCAAUUUCAACCUUCAUCAAGGUCGAUGAAAUUUUGGACGACAACGUGGGAAACGUGCUUGAAUUUGAAAUUCAAAGAGGCGAAGAAGUCGUCAAGCAUUCCAUCAAAAUUGGCGACUUGCAUGCCAUCACUCCGAAUGAAUACGUCGAAGUCGCUGGUGCGUCUUUCAACGACCUUUCCUACCAGAUUGCCAGAUGCUACUGUAUUCCAGUCAAGGGAGUUUUUAUCAACGACUCCUUGGGCUCGUUUGAGUUCGCUUCCUUCGAGAAAUCGGGCUGGUUGUUGGAAACGGUGGAUGACAAGCCUACUCCCGAUUUGGCUACCUUCAUCGAAGUAAUGAAACAAAUUCCCGAUCGCCAAAAAGUGACCAUCAACUACCGUCACGUCUCUGACCUUCAUACUGAGAACAUCCAGGUCAUUUACAUCGAAAGACACUGGCAAUCUACCUUCAGAAAAGCUAUCCGAAACGACGAGACUGGUCUCUGGGACUUCACCGACUUACAGGACAAACCGUUACCUCCUUUGCCUAAGGAGCCUCAGAACGCCAAGUUCAUUGAUCUUCCGUUCGACGAAGAGAAGCAAGGAUGUGCCUCUUUGGUCCGUUCGUUUGUUCAAAUCAAGGUGGUUUUGCCUAUCCCAAUGGACAGUUACCCCUACAGAAAGGAGACCUGUUACGGAGUGGUUGUCGACGCUGAGAAUGGAUAUGUGUUGGUUUCCAGAAGAUUCGUGCCCCAUGACAUGUGUGACUUGUUCGUUAUUUUUGCUGAAUCGAUCGACGUGCCAGCAGAAGUGGUGUUCCUUCAUCCCAACUUGAAUUAUGCCAUCAUCAAGUAUGAUCCAUCUUUGGUGUUGGCCGACGUCAAAACGCCUAAGUUCAGCAACAAGCCCUUGAAGAGAGGGGACAAGAGCUACUUCAUUGGAUACAACUACAACUUGAGAUUGGUCAGUGACGACGUCAAGGUCAGUGGAAUCUCCUCUCUCAACAUUCCAGCAACCUCGUUGUCGCCCAGAUACAGAGGAACCAACUUGGAGUGUGUGUUGGUCGACAACAAGAUUUGCCAGGAAUGCAACACUGGUGUGUUCGUGGACAAUGAUGGUACCAUCAGAUCGUUCUGGCUCACUUACUUGGGAGAAACCAACUGUGACCAGACGAACGAUAUCAUGUACAGAAUGGGCUUGGACGUGGUGGAUGUGAUUGACGUGAUCGAAGGAUUGAAAGCCAACAAGGUUCCUGACAAUCUCAGGCUUUUGGACGCCGAGUUCACUUCCAUGACUGUUUUGCAAGGUAGAACCAGAGGUGUUCCCAAAGACUGGAUCGAGCGUUUCGAGCAAGCGUGUGACGAUGAAAUCAAGUUUUUGGCGGUGGACAGAGUGGCUGUUCCCAUCCACAAGCACGUCAAUCCCUUGAAGAUCGGAGACAUCAUCUUGUCUGUGAACGGCGAAAUCGUCAAGACUAUGAGGGACUUCAAGGUGAUGUACACCCAGGAAAAAUUAAACUUCAAGGUCAUAAGACAAAAGAAGGAAUUGGAGUUGGUGGUCCCAACCGUCGACACCAAGAGCAUCAACACAUCGCACAUCAUUUUUUGGGCAGGUGCCAUUCUUCAGAUUCCUCACUUUGGGGUCCGUCAAAUCAUGGAGAACAUUCCCUCUCAAGUUUACGUCACAAGAAAGAGUGCUGGUGGCCCUGCCACUCAGUACGGCAUUGCUACCAACAGUUUCAUCACCCACGUAAACGAUGUUGAGACCAAGGAGUUGCAAACCUUUAUGGACGUUGUCAAAGAUAUUCCCGAUAACACUUACAUCAAGUUGAGAUUGGUUUCCUUUGACAAUGUGCCCAUGGCCAUUUCUAUCAAGACAAAUUAUCACUACUUCCCGACCUCAGAAAUGAAGCGGGUGAAUGGUGUUUGGGAAGAAAAGGAAUAUAAGUAAUAGAGCUUAAUCAGGACGUUUUUGGUUUAGAGUGAAUUAUACAGAGUAGAUUUGGGGCAGAAUGAGUUGAAGUAGAAUAAAUUACUCACAGUACAUUUGGAGUAGAAUAAAUUAUUCAGUAGUGGAAUGAAUUAUUCACAGUUCUCUGGAACAGAUAGCUUCAGCGAGGUAACCCCUAAUACCAAGAGCAUGGCUGGUCUGAGUGGUAAUUAGCGAUACUGGGUACCCAAUUGGUAUGGUAUAUAUAGUAACGCACAUAAUUAUUAUUACGAGCUUCAUAUCUCAUCAGUACGACUUUGCUGCAC